AUGUUUGUUAGCCAGGCUAGAUAUCGCUAUCACCACCAUAAAAAACACAAGCAUCGUCAUGAAUUUCAAAUUUCAGUACCUCCUUCUCCUCCGCCUGAGGCUUCCGGCCCGUCUCCUGAUCAUAAUUGGUCGGGUGUCUAUGAUGUAAGAAAGUUUGGUGCUGUUGGUGAUGGCGAAACUGAUGACACCGAAGGAUUCAAGUCAGCAUGGGACACUGCCUGCCAAGUUGAGUCGGCAGUCCUCCUUGUUCCCUCUGGCUACUCUUUCAUGAUUCAGUCCACGAUUUUCACCGGUCCCUGUCAAGGCGGCUUUAUUUUCCAGGUUGAUGGAACAAUUAUGCCGCCUGAUGGACCCAAUUUCUGGCCAAAGAACUAUAGCAGGCGCCAAUGGCUGGUUUUCUAUAGAGUUAAUGAAAUGGCAAUGCAAGGAGGAGGUUUAAUUGACGGUAGGGGUGAGCAGUGGUGGAAUCUUCCUUGCAAACCUCGCAAGGGAGCCAACAGAACGGCUUUGACAACACCAUGUGAUAGUCCAAUUGCCAUACGAUUCUUCAUGAGCAACAACCUGACAGUCCAAGGAAUAAAGAUCAGAAACAGCCCUCAAUUCCACUUCAGAUUUGACAACUGCAGGGACGUCUAUAUAGAAUCAAUUCUCAUAACUGCUCCAGCCUUAAGUCCCAACACUGACGGUGAUGACUGUGUCUCAAUAGGAUCGGGUUGUUAUGAUGUAGACAUUAAGAAUGUCACUUGUGGACCAAGCCACGGAAUUAGCAUAGGGAGCUUAGGCAAUCACAAUUCAAGUGCCUGUGCGUCCAAUAUUACCAUUAGGGACUGUGUUAUAAAGAAUUCAGAUAAUGGAGUUAGGAUCAAGACAUGGCAAGGAGGUUCUGGAGCUGUAUCUGGUGUUGCAUUUGAAAACAUUCACAUGGACAACGUUAGGAACCCAAUCAUAAUCGAUCAAUUCUACUGCCUGAGCAAAACUUGCACCAAUCACACCUCGGCUGUAUAUUUAUCUGAUAUUCAGUAUACGAGCAUAAAGGGAACAUAUGAUAUCAGAAGUCCUCCAAUGCAUUUUGCUUGUAGUGAUUCGGUUCCGUGCACAAAUAUUACACUUUCAGAUGUAGAGCUCCUUCCGGCCAAAGGAGAUGUAGUGUUGGAUCCAUUUUGUUGGAAUGCAUACGGUGAACUGCAGACACUAACUAUUCCUCCGGUUUCUUGCUUGUUGGAGGGCAUUCCUCGAUCUAUCUUAGAAACUGAUACAGCCUUCUGCCGAUUGAACUAG